GUCCCUAGUUCUUCUUCUUCCUCGACGGUUAGCUUUUUUUAAGGGUUCAGGUUCUCUAGCGAUCUGUCAACUUUUUCCGAUUGCAAUCUCUGGUUAUGUUAAUGAGAGAGCGGAUUCGCGAUUCUCUGCCUCAACGAUUGUCGUCACCUUCUCCGACGAGUGACCGUGACGGGAACGAGUCGAGCAUGAUUAAACUCGGCGAUGUUUCAAGCCGUUCCGAUAAAAUCGAUAUGGUUUCUCACAGAGUCGACGAACAGAAACACGAUAUUGACGGAAUCCGGCAAGAUUCUGAUCUGUACGAUGUAGAGAUUCAAAGAAGCACUGAAUUUUCUAAUAAGGACCGACGAGAAGAAGAAGAGAGAGACGAUGAACGUUAUACGAAACAUUAUCAUCUUCAGGAAGAUUCCGGCAAACGUUAUCCGGAAUCAUCGAGAUUCAUCACAUCGCAUGAUCAUCCAUCGAGAUUGAGCGACGAACCUAAGCCCUCUAGAUUCAUCACAUCGCAUGAUGAUGAGUAUUCUCCAUCUCAUGGGAAGAUUAAUGUGUUGCUAAGGAACGAUAAAACUAAACGAUUGGAAUCGAUUUCUCGUGAGUGUAGUGAUUCAUCUCGUCAUAGUGAAGAUGGUAGAGAGAGAGAUACUUAUAGAUAUGAAUCAUCCCCUCUGUCACAAGUUGGGUCUAGUGUUGCUGAUUUCCAAGAUGAAAGCUCUAGGCUUGUAAGUUCAGAUUCUAGAUCUUUCGGUUGUGUGAAUGAUUCCGAUGAGAGAAGAAGACAUGAUUAUGAUGGGAAUCUUUGUGUACCACAGGUUCUACGUACUAGACGUGUCGAUGAUUAUGUUGGUAGAAACUCACCAAGGGAUCAACAAGUUAGAGAUUUAAGUCGUGGAGACCAUGAUUCACCAGUUGUGAGCAGGUGUGUCAAAGAGAUAGUGGAUGAAGCUCGGGAUAAUUAUCAUAUAGGCUCUGAUAUAGCAAUGAGAGAGUUUCCCAGUGUUAGGCAUGAGGUCAAUAAUGUGGCUAGAGAGAAUGAUCUUUUUAUGCAGAGGAGAGGAUCUUUAUCAAAAUCCCAUGUCUGUGGUUCAAAUAUAGCUGAUGUUGAUGCGGCCGAUACCCAUCUUGAGUUUAGCAGGAAAGAGAGGAUGGCUGACCAUUAUGAGUCUGUGAAGGAAGAUUAUCCUUUUGUGGAGUUGGGAUCAAGAGUGGUGGAUGAACGAGAUGAUCACUACAGGAACUUCCGUAACGAAGAAAGAAAGGUUGUUUAUUUGGAUAACAAAUGUCAAGUACUGAGAAAGGAUUAUCUAUAUGAUGGUGUUGACAGUAAGAAGAAUCUUGAUUUCAGUGAACCAUAUGCUGUAGUAGAUCGAGAUGAUAAAGCUUCACAGAGCAUAACACGUUGCUUAAAUAAAGAAAGGGAAGCAUAUUUGGAUAAUGAGAGAAAUGCUGUUUUUUCAGAUGAUAAAAGACAGGAACUGAGAAACGAGUAUCACCCUGGCAAUGAUGGUAGGAUACAUUCUGAUGUAGAUAUGGCAGAUAUUGUGGUAGAUCAGGAUGGAAGAGGAGUGCAGCUUCAACGACGAUGCUUAAACAAAGGAAAGGCAGCAUACUUGGAUAAUGAAAGGAAGGAUGUUUAUCUGAAUUACAAAAUCCAACAACUGGAGAAAGAUUAUGACUCUCGCUCUGAUGCUAAGAUUUAUCCUGAUGAUGUCAACAGAUUAGAUAUUCUAGCAGACUGGGAACGGGAAAAUUCCAGAGGUCUAAGGUAUAGAGGAGGGUCCUUAAAUGAUAGAAGGGAAGCUUACUUGCAAUGUGAAAGCCAGCAACUCCUAAAUGAUUAUGAAACUAACUCCUAUGGCAUAAUGCAUCCCGAUGUCAACAAAUCAGAUACUCUGGAAGACCGGGAAGAUUCCAGAGGUCUAAGGUAUAGAGGAGGGUCCUUGAAUGAUAAAAAGGAAGCAUACAUGCAAUGUGAAAGACAGAGACUCCUAAAUGAUUAUGAAACUAACUCCUAUGGCAUGAUGCAUCCCCAUGUCAACAAAUCAGAUACUCUGGUAGACCAUGAAGAUGGCAGAGGUCGGAGGUAUAGAGGAGUUUCCUUGAAUGAUAAAAAGGAAGCAUACUUGCAAUGUGAAAGGCAGCGACUCCUAAACGAUCAUGAAACUGACUCUUACGUCAUGAGGCAUCCCGAUGUCAACAAAUCAGAUAUUCUGGUAGACCAUGAAGAUGCCAGAGGUCGGAGGUAUGGAGGAGUGUCCUUGAAUGAUAAAAAGGACGCAUACUUGCAAUGUGAAAACCAGCAACUCCUAAACGAUUAUGAAACUGACUCUUAUGUCAUGAUGCCUCCUGAUGUCAACAGAUCAGAUAUUCUAGUAGACCAUGAAGAUGCAAGAGGUCUAAGGUAUAGAGGAGUAUCCUUAAAUGAUCGAAAGGAAGCAUAUUUUCAAAGUGAAAGCCAGCAACUCCUAAAAGAUCAUGAAACUAACUCUUUUGGCAUGAUGCAUCCCAGUCUCAAUAAAUCAGAUAUUCUUGUAAACGGGGAAGAAGCCAGAGCUCUUGAGCGUAGAAGAGGAUCCUUCGAUGAUGGAGAGGAAUCAUACAUGGAUUAUAAAAGGGGGGAUGCAUAUCUGCAUUACGAAAGCCAACAACUUAAGAAAGAUCAUGACUAUGGCAUUGAUGACAGGAUAUAUCGUGAUGUCAACUCGUCAGAUAUUAUAGUAGACCAUGGAGAUGCCAAGGCGCUAGAGCUUAGGAGAGUAGCCUUCAUUGAUAGAAAUGAAGCGUAUUUGGAUAAUGAAAGCAAGGAUGUUUAUCAGCAUUACAAUAAACAACAACUGAAGUACUACGACUCUGGCAUUGAUGAGAGGAUGUAUCCUGCUGUCACCAAAGCAGAGAUUGUGGACCGAGGAGGUGCUAGAGCUCUAGAGCGUAAAGGAAUGUCCUCGAAUGACGGAAGGGAAGCCUAUUUGCCCUAUGAAAGCCAGCAACUCCUAAGAGAUCAUGAAAUUGAUUCGUAUGGGGUGAUGCAUCCUGAUGUCAGUAGAUCAUCAGCUGGCAAGCAAGAUGAGGAAGCUCUUCGAGGCAGGAGAUAUCUUUUUGAUGACCGAGAUCAAGUCUACUUGGAUGAUGAGCGUUUGCAACGACGUAAUGGUGGUGAUGUUAAAGUUUAUGCCAAUAUGAGAUAUCAAGAUGGUAGACAAGAGGUUUAUCAUUCGAAUGAUUCAAUUUUGCGUACAAGAGAUGAUUAUGGUCUUAGAGACAACGCAAGUGAGGUUAUGCAUGAGAAUAUGCCUUAUGAUUACAACUACAGGGAUGCUAAGCAAUCAAGAAUGUCUUAUGAGAAGGCAGAUAGUAAAAGGUUCCGUGAACAUGAAGUAGCAUAUGAUUACAGAGACAAGCUAGGGAACUAUGCAGUGGAUGGAGGAAUAAGCAGAGAACAAUUCCGAUACUCAGCUGAUGAAAGGAAUUCUGGUAAUGUUGAUCACACAUCAACUCGACGCCGUCGAUUAUCUGCAAAGGAGCGGUUAGGUGGGCGUGUUGAAGAAGAUUCACGUGUUCAUGUGAAACAUAGACUGCAUCAGGUUAGAAACCCAAACCUAAAAGGUAAGUCCCAUAAGAGGUACCUCUCCUGA